AAGCGGUUCGGAAGCGUUUUCGGAAAAUCUCUCGAUUGCUGACGGGGCGCAAAAUUCUUGCAAGUGAUUGUGGGGACAGAUUCUGGGCUGGCAGGUUUUGGCGGCAAACGGAGGGUGGGUGGUGUGAACGGAACGGAGUUUGAACGGUCAGUGUGAUUCAUAACGGCGGAACAAGUGGUUGUGGUGCUGCUGCUGCACAUCAAAUCAAUCCAAAAUGACGGAAGAGAUUCAAACUCAACAGUCCCAGCAGCAGCAACAGCAACAACAGCAACAACUCCAGCAACAGCAGCAGCAGUCGGAUUCGACUCAACCGCAACAACAGCAACAACAGAAGCCCCGGCUGGGACCAAACGACUAUCGCAACUCGGAGUUUGUCACCAAACUGAUGGCCGCCAAUCCACCGUACAUGUUUUCGCCGGCCAUCGGACCGCACAACUUUUUCUUCAGCGAAAUGCUGCGCUCCUUGGUGGCUAAUAAGCGGAACGAAAGCUUACGGAAUGCUGAACAACUGCAUCAUCAGCAGCAACAGCAACGGGAGCAGCAGCAACGAGAGCAGGCCCAAGCUCAGACUCAGUCGCUGCCACUGCACACGAGGAGACCUCGUAAAAGAUCCUGGUCGCAGCAUCGGCUGUACCCGGAUUCGCUGAAGGAGCUCAAGGAGUCGGAAGAUAAACCCGCUGGCACUCCGGAGAAACCGUUGGAGUUGACCAACAAGUUGUCUGCUUUUACGAGGAACAUAACCUCAAAGUACGACACCGGAGAUACCAACGAAAAUUUCAAACCAUCCCAGGAACCUGCUAAAACUCCCCCCGAAAAGUCCCAGCUGAACAACAACCUGCUCCCGGAACCCUCAACGGCUUCAAUGCCACCAUCAGACCUCAUCCUACCACCCCCACCCCCGGUCUGGUACCCCCCACUCUACCCUCCGUACGGCAUCGACCCACUGCACUUCUUCAUCGACCUGCGCGUCUCGGGCCACAUCUACGAUCGCAAAAAGGACGCCCCCACCUCCGACAACAACUCCACCGUGGUCAAGAGCGAACACUCCAAACUAAUCGGUGCCAACGAUCGCCAAGGCUCGGCCUUCAGCGUCCCAAAGCCCCGCGACCUCCCCAUCAAACCCACCAACCCGGCCGCCGCCGCCGCCAUCAACCUGUCCUCACCUCCCCUCCCAAACGGGGACGAAAAACCCCCGAAACCCCACUCGCCACCCGCGCUCUUCCUGGGAGACUUCGCCGAGAACAAGUACGACAUCAUCAAGAACACCAACUACGUGAUGCAGAACUUGCCCCGGAUCUACGGCGAAAUGAACCACGUGACGAAGGCGGACGAAGAUGAUCGGACGAACGGGAAUCUGAGCGACGAUCAGCAGGACUGCAAGUCGGUGGGAUCGAACGAGGAGUACGGUGGGGGAGGUUGUGGUGGAGAUGAGGGAAAGUUUCACGAGUUGGAUUUGAACGUGAUUUCCGAUGAGGAAGAGUCGAUUGCCGUUGAUGAAAAUUAAGUGGGUUCUAUAAAGAGUGUUGUCUGUGACUAUCCGUACUUGUUCAGUGUAGUGUUAUCCAAUAAGUGAAAUAAAUCACGGUCU